UCGGUGCAGUUUCAAUGUAACUCCUCCACGCUUCCGGUUCCGGUGUAGACAUCCAUGGAGGAGACCAGACUGCCAUCAUACUAACCUGACAGUCUUUCUUAUAGUUGUUCCUCGGUUAGCAGGGCUGGACGUGAACGUUAACCUUGGACUGCAUAACAGAAAUACAACAUGUCAGGAGUCUGUCGUGGUUUCAGCUCUUUAUCAGUCAAGAUCCUAACAGAUGCUACACUUUUGUCACCUUGCCCGUGGUUUGUGUCCGCACGCAGCAAAUUCACCAAAGCAAGAAUCCCAAAAGAGCUUUUUGAAGAGAGAUCAAAAGAACAUGAGAAAUAUGGGGGUGAUCCAGACCAACCUCAUAAACUGCAUAUAGUGACACGAGUCAAAAGUGUGAUGCGAAGACCGUACUGGGAGAAAGAGAUGGUGAAACACCUUGGGCUCGAAAAGGCACAUGCAGCUGUAAUUCACAAAAACACACCUGCAGUCAAUAGCCAACUGAAAUUCAUCAAGCACCUUGUAAGGAUCCAGCCGCUGAAGACACCCUAUGGACUCCCUGCUGAACAGGACAUGGGUGACACCUACAUAAACAGCAGAGGAGAGCUGAUUGUUCGUCGCCUCCUCCAACCUGUAGAGCCCAAGGCGAUCGAAUCUUAGCUCCGCUUUCAAUCAUGUCAAUUAAUAGUUCAGUUGUUCAUAAAUAUCAUGGAAAAUCUUGUGCUCCAUAGCUUCCUGUUCUGGUUCCAUUACACUGUAUCAGUCAUACAUACUGCUGUUACGAUUGAGAAAUUGUAACGUUUUUCCCGUGAAAAAUUAGCAACAGGUGAUGGUUCAAAUUCUUUAUUAAACAUGACUUGUAAAAAAAACUCAAUAUAAAUUAAAAACCUUUUGAAAUGAAA